CUGAGUUACAAAACCCACGGAGCAGAUGUGGAAGAUAUUGAAACUAUUGCACUGACAACAGCGGCGGCGGCGGCUCCGGUGUCGAGUCCUACCUCCCGUCCCUUCUUCUCCGCGGGAUUCUCCAAGACUCCACCAUGGGUCUUCCGGCUCUGGAGUUCAGCGACUGCUACCUGGACAGUCCGCAGUUCAGGGAGCGGCUCAAGUCUCACGAACUGGAGCUGGACAAGACCAACAAGUUCAUCAAGGAGCUGAUCAAGGAUGGCAAGGCGCUCAUCCAGGCUCUGAAAAGUCUUUCAACAGCCAAGAGGAAGUUCGCCGACUCUCUCAAUGACUUCAAAUUCCAAUGUAUCGGCGACGCAGAGACGGACGACGAGAUCUGCAUAGCCAAGUCCCUCCAAGAGUUUGCAGCUGUUCUACAGAAUUUGGAGGACGAGCGGACGCGGAUGAUCGAAAACGCCAACGACGUCCUGAUCAUGCCUCUGGAGCGUUUCAGAAAGGAGCAGAUCAGCGCUGCCAAGGAAGCCAAGAAGAAGUACGACAAGGAAACGGAGAAAUAUUGUGCCGUCCUGGAAAAACACCUGAGUCUGUCUGCGCGAAAGAAGGAGUCGCAUCUACACGAGGCGGACAACCAGGUGGACAACGUUCGGCAGCAUUUCUACGAGGUUUCCCUGGAAUAUGUCUUCAAAGUUCAAGAGGUCCAAGAGAGGAAGAUGUUUGACUUUGUUGAGCCGCUGCUGGCGUUCCUCCAGGGUCUCUUCACUUACUAUCACCACGGAUACGAGCUGGCCAAAGACUUCAACCACUUCAAGACGGAUCUCACCAUCAGCAUCCAGAAUACGCGGAACCGUUUUGAGAGCACACGGUCCGAGGUGGAGAGUCUGAUGAGGAAGAUGAAGGAGAAUCCGCAUGAGCACAAGAGCGUCAGCCACCACACCAUGGAGGGAUACCUGUUUGUGCAGGAGAAACGUUCAUUCGUGUCCACCUGGGUGAAAUACUACUGCACGUACCACCGUGAGCCAAAGAAGGUGACCAUGGUCCUCUUUGACCCCAAAUCAGGUGGUAAAAUGGGAGAAGAGGAGAGUUUCAUCCUCAAGUCCUGCAUCAGGCGGAAGACUGACUCCAUCGAGAAACGCUUUUGUUUUGACGUGGAAGCUGUGGACAGGCCGGGAGUGAUUACUAUGCAGGCUUUGUCAGAAGAGGACCGCAGGUUGUGGAUGGAGGCCAUGGAUGGCAGGGAACCGGUGUACAACAUGAACAAAGACAACCAGGCUGAAGGCUUUGCUCAGCUGGAUGUGACUGGGUUCAAUGUGAUGAAAAAAUUCAUCUAUGCUGUUGACACUCGAGGCAUCGGCGAACAGGGCUUGUACAGAAUUGUGGGCGUCAGUUCCAAAGUGCAAAGACUUCUGAACCUUGCGAUGGAUCCAAAGACCUGUGCGGACGUGGAGCUGGAGAGCCCAGAGUGGGAGAUCAAGACUAUAACAAGUGCAAUAAAACACUAUCUCAGAAUGCUGCCCGGGCCCCUCAUGACGUACCAGUAUCAGCGGAGCUUCAUCAAAGCUGCCAAGCUGGACAACCCCGAGGCCAGGGUGACAGAGAUCCACGCUCUGGUCCAUCGGCUCCCUGAGAAGAACCGACAGAUGCUGGAGAUGCUGAUGAAACAUCUGUCCAAUGUUGCCAAGCAUCAUCAGCAGAACCUGAUGACCGUGGCCAACCUGGGCGUGGUGUUCGGUCCCACUCUGCUGCGGCCCCAGGAGGAGACGGUGGCCGCCAUCAUGGACAUCAAGUUCCAGAACAUCGUGGUGGAGAUCCUCAUCGAGCACAACGAGAAGAUAUUCGGGGAUAUACCCAGUUCUGCGGCAGGUCAGAGCAACGCGCAGCUCCAUCUGGCCAGGAGGCGGAGUGCGGAGAGCAAAGCCCCUUCCUGCAGCGAGCGACCUCUCACUCUCUUUCACACACCGACCCACUCACAGAAAGACAAGAGGAACAGCGUGGCCAACGUGCCGGAGCUGCAGACGACCAUCAUCUCCACGGGAAACUGCAGCAGCAGCAGCAGCUGCAGCAGCAGCGGCAGCCAAGGUCGCACCCCGAGGCACAGCUUGACCAGCAACGACGGAGAGCAGGACACCCGGCAGGCCCGACCCAGCUCUCUGUUGAACCCUAAAACCCGUGGCAGUGUACCGACCAGCGCCCCUUCGUCCAGCCCCACGUCGCCGCGCUCGCCCUCCUGGCCCAUGUUCUCCGCCCCCUCCAGUCCUCAGCCGCCGUCGUCCGCGUCCAGCGACUCCUCGCCCAUCAGCUCUGUGGGCAGGAGAGCGCGAGCGCUGUACGCCUGCAAGGCAGAGCACCACUCCGAGCUCUCCUUCAUCGCUGGAACCCUCUUCCACAACGUUCACGCCUCCAGAGAACCGGGCUGGCUGGAGGGGACGCUGGACGGCCGCACCGGGCUCAUCCCAGAGAACUACGUGGAGUUUCUAUAGCGGGAGGGAAGAGCCGGACCGGACUACAGCAAGUGGACACUUUUUUUUUUUCAGGAGUCUGGACUGGAACUGGACUUGGAGCAGAACCAAAAACGGUAGAAGGAAACACUGGAAAACAGCGAUGGAGCCGAGUGUGAGCGGACUGGCUCAGUUGGGCCGCAGACGCUGAAGUGUGUGUGAGAGUGUGUGUGCGUGUGAGUGUGAGUGUGCGACUGUAAAUCUAAAACUUCUUUCUGCGGACGACAGCUACGAUGCUAAUGAGAAACAAAUGGACUUCAACGUUGAACUGAAGCUGUAGAGGUGGCGGUCCCGGGGUCAGGGGGUCAGGAGGGAGGGUUACCCGGAGGUCGGGCUGAUUUACUGGCAGAACCAGCUGGAGACAUCCUCCAGCGUGCCACCUCAAGUCUUGGCGUCAUGACGGCGCUUCCUGCCGCUGUUGCUCGCGGGACUCUAAUGGGAACUGGACGAGCAGGUGGGAACUGGAGCGGAUCCAUGUCCAGCCAUGAAGCUAAUGCAGACGGCUCCAGUUGAAUUCACGACACGCAACACACGUUUGUCUCAGCUUUCCGAUGCUGUCGUUACGAGGUCCCGGCCCAGGGACGACAUGUUAGCAUAGCCUAGCAUCACACUGCCACUCAAAUGACCAAACUUAACUAAAGUUGUCAGCGUCAUCGGACCGAAUUACAAUGUUCAAUCCCGUUUGAUUGUGGCUUAGCAAGCUAGCAAUGUUAUGCUAUUGGCUACGUUCAAAAACACUUUGAAUUUACUCACAGGAAAAGUUCUUCAAAAAUGAGCGAUAACGAAAUCGUUCAGGAUUUGAAAUGUAUCAACAAGUCGAACAUAAACUUGAUCGUAAAAGUGUUUAUUGCGACCUUUAUCCAGGCGCAGAAUCAGUGAGUGUUUUGAAAAAUUGCCUGAAGAUUCAAGGAAAAUCUUGAAGCGUCCGCUGUUGCGAUGGAGAAAUGUCGGAAACAACACAGCAGCUGAUCUAAAGGUAUCAGAGCAUGAAGUGGCGUGAACGUGAUCGGCACGUUUAACUCCGACGUCGUGGGGGGUUCAACUUCUCAAAUGAACCUAAAGAUGCGCUCGUGGAUUUUCCACACAAUUUUGACCAGAAUAUUCCGUGAAAACAUUCCGCCACCGACCUUCCCGGGACAGAACCCAGUGUUUUUUAGGAAGACAAAUGUGAAUCCAGACGACUUCCUCCUGGCUUUUCUUGUAAUUUAUGAAACUGUUUUCUACUCUGGCUGUUUUUAUGGAAGCUGAAAUGACAGCGUUUGAUGAGCUUUCAAAGUUUUAUACUUCUGUCGGUAACUUACUAACUUAAUUCCCUUGUUUUUUAAUUUUUUAUUUUUGACACAUUUCAGUGAUUUUCUGCCUUAAAUGUUCCACAGUGAUCCGAGCGCCAAUAAAAAUGCGGCGGCAGCCCCUCA